ACCCAGAGUCUCUGGUGGCACAGCUGGCGCUGCAGUACUGCCACUUUGUUUACAUACUCAUCUCAUAUGUAUAUACUGUACUCGAUACCAUCUACUGUAUCUUGCCUAUGCUGCUCUGUACCAUCACUCAUUCAUAUAUCCUUAUGUACAUAUUCUUUAUCCCCUUACACUGUGUAUAAGACAGUAGUUUUGGAAUUGUUAGUUAGAUUACUUGUUGGUUAUUACUGCAUUGUCGGAACUAGAAGCACAAGCAUUUCGCUACACUCGCAUUAACAUCUGCUAACCAUGUGUAUGUGACAAAUAAAAUUUGAUUUGAGUUGUAGCGAUGAGACAAGAUAGUAGCUACUAACAAUUGGAUACCACAAUUGGGGAGAAAAAUGUGUACAAUUUCAACAAAGAAAGAAUUUACGACUUCUCUGACCACAGCAGCCUGGUUGUAAGGAGACAGACAGAGAGAGAUGGUACAGAGGUAGGGAGGUGGUACUCGCUGUGUCCAAAGAGGGCAACGUCGUGACAGUGUGUAGGAGGAGGGAGAGUUGUGUGUGUGAGCUUGUAUGAGUUCAUUAAUAUGUGUGUGUGUAUUUGUCCACACGGUAUUCAUAUUCCCAGUGUUUGUCAUGUAUCACGUCCUCUCUAUCCAGAGGGGGAAUCAGAUUGAGAAGAUAGAGAAUGUGGAGACUCUGAGAACCCUGCAGGUCCUGGAUCUGUCUCUGAACCGCAUCAGCAGUCUGUCAGGCCUGCAGAAUCUCCAUCUGCUGGGCUCCAUCAAUCUGGAGAGUAACCUGGUGAGACACAGUCCAUUCCUUAAUGUCCUGCUCUCUUGUCGACCUUGGUUACCCUCCCUAAUUCCUUAAUGUCCUGCUCUCCUGUCAAACUGGAGAGGAACCUGGUGAGACACAGUCCAUUCCUUAAUGUCCUGCUCUCCUGUCAAACUGGAGAGGAACCUGAUCAGUGAAAUCAAGGAGGCCACACACAUCCAUGACCUGUGCCUGCUCCGGGAGCUGAAUCUGCAGAGAAACCUAGUCCAGGAGCAACUGGACUACAGACUGGCAGUGAUCUUCCUCCUUCAACACCUGACUGGCCUGGACCAGGAGAAAGUCACAGUAGAGGAGAAGGCAGGUUGGAUGUAUGAGAUGGUUAUCAGUGAUGGAACUUAAG